AAAACGCUUUCAGGAUGCAGAUGUUGUAAGGCUGCUGUGCACAGAGGAUGGCUAAAAGCUGGGCUCAGCAACGGUUCACGACUCAUUUCUGUCACAUGGCCCCGUGUGAGGACUUUCCUGCUCUCAUAAAUCCACAGUUGUCACAUUCAGACUUGCAGCUAUGAACCAGUUGAGCUUUGAUUUUUCCAGCUACUUCUCGGUGCACCGUGUCUCAUUUCCUGCAGUUUCACGUGGCUAAGAUGGUGCAGGUUGGGGCGGAGUCUGCUCGGUUCGUAACGGAAAGAACACAGCGCUUUAUUCCCGGACACGGACGGACGCCCUCGUUCGUCUUGUCUUUGUGUCGAGCGGUUUAUCCAAAUGGAAACGACAGCGGACGAUCAGCGGGAACUGACGGACGUCUCUGCGCUGUCGACGCAUGACGGAUGCCACCACCGCAACAGCAACAACAACAAUAACAACAACAACAAAGACAGUGAGGCGGGAGACAGCGCGACCUCCGCCACCGCCAGCGCGGCUGAACCCCGCGAAACGGCGUCGCAGAGCAUCGGUAACGGCGCGGCCAUCAACCCUACCGGGGGGAAUAGCGGGAAGUGGGUCCGGCUGAACGUCGGCGGCACCGUGUUCCUCACGACACGACAGACCCUCCUCAAAGAACAAACUUCGUUCCUGUACCGGCUGUGCCAGCAGCAGGACCUGCACUCCGACACGGAUGAAACAGGAGCCUAUGUGAUUGACAGAGAUCCCACCUACUUCGGUCCCAUCCUCAACUACCUGCGGCACGGCAAACUGGUUUACAACAAGGAGCUGGCUGAAGAAGGUGUCCUGGAGGAGGCCGAGUUUUACAACAUCACGCCACUGAUCAAACUGAUCAAGGAGAGGAUUGUGGAGAGGGACUCCAAAGCCACGCAGCAGGUGCCCCCUAAGCAUGUCUACCGAGUGUUGCAGUGCCAGGAGGAGGAGCUGACCCAGAUGGUCUCCACGAUGUCAGAUGGCUGGAAGUUUGAGCAGGUCAGCGUGCGCACCUGCAGAAAGCCCCGCACUGGACUGCUCUGGACUAUGGUGAACAUCGGCUCAUCAUACAGCUAUGGAACAGAAGACCAAGCUGAGUUUCUGUGCGUUGUAUCCAAGGAGCUUCACACUCCAGGAUCUGGGCUGGGUACAGAGCAGAGCCACAAAACUAAGCCGGCGGAGAUGCAGGAGGAGGAAGCAGCGAAGGAUGAGGAGGAAGAGGAGGAGGGAGGGAGAGAUACCACACCAAAUGAGUGGCUUAGAGAAUGAGGGAGUCUUGUUUCUUUGUUCCAAACAGAGGCGGGAAAGGCUUUUUCAGAUCCAUGGGUCCCGGAUGUAGAAACGGCAAGACAUAAAGUUAUUUUUUUCUAGGCUUAUUACGACAUUCUGUACAUGGUAUAUUUGUGUUAAGAUAAAUCUGUAGCAUUGUUAUUACUUCACUGACAAAAAUGCUAGAAUGAUGAUCAGAUGACCAAAAAGAAAACAAUCUCAGUCAGCCUCUGCAAUAUCAUCAAAAUAUGUUUUAACAAAACAAAUUUUCUUAGUAGAAAUAAUCAUGUGUAGGUGUCUGCAAAUGUUAACGUUGCCAAGUAAUGGAGCUUAGUAAAUUAUAACCAAAGAUCCAUAUUAUAGCUGACUGAAUCAAGGUGCUUGGCCAAAAUAUGUCAGCGAACAUAAAAUUUGCUUGACGAUUGAGUGAGGAGCCGUUGCUGUGUCACUAUGAUCUGUCAGAUGGCGUGAAAGGGUCAGAUUGCAUCUGAUCUGUGCCAUUUUGGAUUCCCUACUGUUGAUACAGCCGACAUGGAGGUACUCAUCAGAUGAGCAAAUUUGCACCAGUAUUUCAGAGUUUACUUUUAUCCCAGUGAUGGAAGCAGUUCUCCCACCAACUUUGUUCUUAAGACCAUUGUUUCUGUAGUCAAAUCAUUUAUUUUGCACUUUGGGCCAGAGUUUGUUUAAGAAAAAGUCACGUUGGCUGGGAAACAACCAGCCUCAGUGAUCUCACCAGCUGUUGACUGCAUUUCAGCCAGGACCUAUUGUGCUCUGUUAUUAAGCUUGUAGGAAUCGAUGAUAGUAGUUUGGUUAUAGGUCUCUCUCAGUGUGACUGAGAGUUAAUGCUGGUUCGAUCUUACUGUACACAGAUCCCACGGCCCUUGUUAUAAAGACUAGAGCAGAUUAUGGCAGUGCUGCACCCAAAAGCUUGUUAAACCACCUAUUUUAGUUUUAUGUAGAUGGUCAGUACUGCUUCAGUUCUGAGUAGUCAGGUCUGUUGACCCUGACAUACCUGCCUGCAGGUCUAGUUAUUUGUACUCGAUGUGAACAUGUGUUCACACUUAUUUGAGCUCACUGUAUUGAAUGCUAACUGAAACAUUUAUUAGUUUGGUUGGCCUUGAACUAACAUCUGGAAACAGUGCAGCUAGAGAAAGGGCAUGUGUUUGUGUGGGGUAUGUAUCCCAUAUUUAGUGGUCAUCUUACAAAGGCUUCACCUGGCUACAGCAAGACUGUCAGAGACCACAAGUCACUGUCCAACAGAGCUUAGUGCAUGUGCACUGCUCUACAUUUACCCCUACACCCACACCCUGCUGUGCACUGAUACACACCUGCAUCACCUUGUGCCGUUGCAUACUCAGCAGCAGAGUCAUCUCAGUCUGUUGCCCUGGCCAGGAUCCCGGCUGACAGAGAGUCACUAAGAGCUUGAAGAGAGAGGGAGGGGGAAGAACACCCUGAGGAGGAGAGGGUGAGACAGGAGUCUAGCACUGUUUUGUGAUAGUAAUCGUCACAAUGUCCUCCGAUUAAAAAAGGAACAACACUCAUACUAUCAGCUCUCACAGUAACAAGUGACUUUUACUGACCUCUGUUGACAAUUUAUAGAAACUGCACCACAGAUCAAAUAUCAUUCCCAUGCACUUGUUUGUCACAGCCCAUAAUAGCGAUUGGUAUAAUGGGUGUGUAAUGAAAUGAAUUACUUUGCAGUUGUCAUUGAGUAAAUAUACCUCCCAUGAUGUUUUGACACACUUUUGUAUAGUAAAACUCUGCAGGUGUACUUGUUGAAUGCUGAAAUAGAUAUAAAUUGCUUAAAAAUAAAAGGCUUUUCAGUUUUAUUAACAGGUAAUAAGAUGUGUGCAUACUGUAAGCAUUUAGCUGAGAAGAGGCAAAAAUAACAAUAAUAAUUGAGUUAAUCCACAGUGGUAGGACUCAAACAACCAUAUUAAGUUAUCUGGGUUAGCUAGUUAGGCUACUUAAUGUUCCGAAUGCAAGCUAGCCAUAUUAGCCAAAUUAACAAUACUAGCCAGCAGAUGGUUAGCAGCUUUUCAGCAUCCUGUACGGCAUGAAUGGCUGAAAUAGAAAAGCAGUACCAUGUUCAUUUACUCUUAUGUUCACAAGUAAUUAAAAAAAAUAAAUAAAAGAUUAAUCUCCUAAAACAGCUGGACACUGUAGUGUUCAACUAGUGUUACUCUACAAUAGAUAAUACAUUUGCUGAAUGCUUUUCUUCACUUGGUGAAUUGAUAAAUUCAUAGCUGGUUUGGUCUUUUUAUGUAAUUUGUUGACCAGAAGAAAACAUAUACUAUGUAACAAGAUGUUUACUUUAAAGUUUGUAAAGCUACCCUGUACUAACUGUAAAAACUGCAGGUCUUUGGGUGUGCCCACUGAGGUUCAUCAUCAUCAGACGUUAUUUCUGCCUCUGAGACUCUGCAGCCAAAUUGGCUGUCAGCAGAAUACGUCUGGCUCUUGUGCAACACUAACUGACCAACAACAUACAGGAAAGAAAGACACAAAUACACUGGAGCUGUUUUAUAGGCAGUUAGGGUUACAAUGCGAGACAAUCAAGAUUGAAAAUUAUUGUCAGCAGCAUUUUUGAUAAUCUGAAAAAUAGGCUACAAAUACAAUAGUGCGCUUUGUGUGUGUGUGUGUGUGUGUGUGUGUGCACGCAAGAUAGUGUCUUGUCCAUUUAUAACAUUAAAUAGAAUUGAUAUUCUGGACCUUCAUGAUCCUAGUGAUACCUCAUUAGCUGGCUUGGCAGAAUACUAUAAAUAUUAGAAUAGUAAAGAUACUGGCCAUGCUUGUGAUAAUCAUAACAGUCAUAUUAACAGGAGGCAGAAGACUGUCUUUUUGUGGCUCUUUUAACUUGGGUCAUUUGGUGCCUUGAGUUCAAGCAGCAAAACUGACAUGUCAAAAUGAUCAUGGUGUUAAUACAUGCAUUUUUAAACAGCUGUUUUAAUAUUUUUGUGACUUAACGAAUAGUUUACAAUUUCACUGAAAGUCAAGGUUUGACAUUUCUGUAAAUUUCUUCCAGUGCAUAUUUCAUUGAUGUUUGAGUAUGGCCAAAGUAGACAUACUAGACAUGAAGCUGCAAUUUUAAGGUAAAGCAGUUUUCUAUGAAAUGUCAUUCCUUUUUGAAAUUUGUUUUGUAUGAUUAGUUGUCUAAUUUAUUUUCAAAAGGUUUCUUUUUGAAUGUUGGGCUUUGAAUUUUUUUGUGUGUGGGGGGAGAUGUUAUCAUUGGAUGACUUUGCUUUUUUCUACUUGAAGACUUUCAUGUUUCACAGUAACCUGAUGAUCUUCAGCGGUUUAUAGAAAUAUGUUCAUCAGGUUUACUGAGUAUGCUAGUUUGUAGUCUUAGUUGAUGUUACUCCAAGAAUAGAUUUGAGACUUUUGCUAUCAAAUGAUGAUGUGUUACCAUUAGGUCACUUUUAUAAACCUCAGUUUGGGUGUCCUUGUUUCAUUUGCUGGAUUCAAACUGAAAUAAUUCAUUUGUACAUAUUUGCUGAAUGGUGUCUGCUGUAGAGUGUAGUUGAAUGAUUUCACAUCGUUAAUGUGUAAAAGUCUACCUAGCAGUCUUCUUUAGUUAUUCUGUGCAAAAGAAAAUGUUAGAAAAACAUUUCCUGGCUGAGACUGUUUUUCUGCUCCAUAGAACCUCACUGUACUUUGCAUUCAUAAAACAAAACAAUAUGACAUGAAUUGUUAUGCCUCUGAUGAACUUGUACUGGCUUCAAGAUGCGCUGUGUUUUGAUUUCCUUUAACUGCGUUUCAUCAGGACCGGAACAACACACAUCAACAAUGUGACAAAAGGUGAAUUUUUUUUUACAUAUGUACAUGAAUGUAACCAUUCUCAAAAAGAAUAAAACUCUGGUUUUUGGUUUAAAA